UAAGAAAAAUCUCUCUCCUUUAUUUAGCUUUCAAACAGAUUAGAGUUUGAUUCGUAAGAGGAAAGACAAAAAAAACGAAAUUCAUAAAAAGAGAAGAUUUUUAUCUCCGCCGCAAUCGUCCGAUGUCGAUACCUACUCCCCACGAUGUCUCAAUCUCCGGCGAGAUAUCGCCGUCGCCGGCGUCACCGAAAGCGAGGACGAAGAGUCUAUCGACGGAGAUUCUUUCCAGAAUCCUCGUUGGUUUAAUCAUGAUCCCUGUAGCUGUAACCGCUUUGCUCUUCAUCCUCAUGUCUCUCAGCUUAUCUGUCUUCUUCUUCGCUCUCUACUGGUUUCUCCACCGAAACUACCGCCGCCGUCUACGCCGCCAUCGCCGCCACGAAUCCUCCUCAGAUGGGUUGUCUCCCAGAUUCGUGAAGAGCCUUCCCCAAUUCAAGUUCUCUGAGCCAACUGAGUACGGAAGCGAUUGCGUUGUCUGUAUCGACGGAUUCAGACAAGGACAGUGGUGUCGGAGAUUACCUGGAUGUGGCCAUGUGUUUCACCGUAAGUGUGUGGACUUGUGGUUGAUCAAAGUCUCGACUUGUCCGAUUUGCAGGGAUAGAUUGGAGGAAGGAAGAAGUUGGAGCCGAAGGUGAAAAUUUUUGAUCGGAGAAGAAAGUAGUUUUCUAGUAGAUUUGUAUUUUGUUUGGUUCCUUAUGAUCAUGUUAGCAAUGUUGGUUUUCAUCAAAUUAUCAUCAUGUACAGUCUUUUUACACAUCUCACACAAUUGAAGCUUGUUAGUUUCUUCACUUUUUGAUUUGUGACCCAAUAGAGAAUU